AUGGAUGACGCAGCUGCGAACGGACACCUUCUAGUCGUACAAUGGCUGCAUGAAAACAGAAGCGAGGGGUGCACGACGGACGCAAUGGAUUGCGCUGCUGCGAAUGGCCAUCUCGAGGUGGUGCAGUGGCUGUUUGGCCAUUUCUCGGGUUGCGAGACUCGUCACGCGAUGGAUCUGGCUGCCAAGGGAGGUCAUUUGCCAGUUCUCCCGUGGCUGGAAGCGAAUCGCUCGGAAACUUGCACGACGAAAGCAAUGGACGAAGCAGCGAGGUCUGGAAAUUUAGAAGUGGUCAAGUGGCUCCACGAAUCGAUCGGAGGGCAGCAAUGGACAAAGCAGCAGCUAGAGGGGAUCUGA